AUGGGGGCACUCUUUCAGCCGAUAAACCAAGUGAAGUUCACGAAUGUUGCUAUAGUGAAGUACAAGCACAAGGGGAAAAAGUUCGAAAUUGCCUGUUACAAGAAUAAGAUAAUCGACUGGAGGAAUGGUAAGCCUGGGCUCCAAGACGGGGGCGAAAGAACCGAACUGAACAUAGACGACGUGCUGCAGUCACACUUAAUUUUCACCAACGUGUCGAAGGGAGAAAUUGCCAAAAAGUCGGAACUGAAUUCUUGCUUCAACUCGGACAACAACUAUGAAAUAUGCAAAACGAUUUUAGAGAAAGGCACCCUUCAAAUAAGCAACAAAGAGAGGUCAAUUAUGAAGGAGAAAAUUUACAAAGACAUGAUUGAGAUUCUGCACGAAAUGAGUGUGAACCCCCAGACGGGUUACCCCCUCUCAACCAACAUGAUAGAAAGCAUGGUCAAAAAUGUUGGCUACAGCAUAAACAUAGACGACAGCGCAAAGAAGCAGGCGCUAAAAGUUUUUGACAUUUUAAGUAAAGAAUAUGAUGAUGUCAUUCAACGGGCAUUCAUGCGAAUCCAAAUCAUUUGUGAUGAUUAUAUAAAAGAAGACGUAAUAAAAUUUCUUAAUAGCAAUAAUGCAAUCAUAGAGGAACAAAAAUUAACCAACAACGUUAAGAGAGAGGACAACGUAGAUGCGGAAAGUAGGCACCUGCAUGAUGAAUUUGCCCACGUACCUAAAAAUGAGGAAGGGCAAAAUGGCACGUGUGCAAUUAACACGGGGGAGAAUGAAAACGAUGCAGUCAGCGAAUCGGCGAAGGAAGAAUUUGGAGAAAAUGAAAAAGUGGUGGGCCAUUCAGUUGCUCCGGAUAGUGCGGGCAACAACGCCGGGGGGAAGGAUGAAGAGGAGGAGAAGGAGGAGAAGUGCAGCCACAAAAGUGUUGGUAAUCAGAAUACAAGCCAUAGAGAAGAUUGCAACAACGAUGCGGGUAACACCCACCUGAGUAGCGAUCAAAAAGAUUCCCCUGUAGAGGAUAAUCCCCCACCCAAGUCGAAUAAAGGGGCACACGAGGACGACGCGGAAGAUGAGACGAGCCUCGCGACUAGCCAAAAUUACACGAAUGAAAAGGAAAAAAGUGAAAAUAUUUCGAAAAAAGAAAUAAACACAAGUGGUGAAAUCUGCCGACAGAAGGACGAAAAGGCAGAAGUCGACUCCCUUAGCGAUGACGUUAAAGUGAAAACGAAACAAAAAAAGAAUAAACACGAAAAAGAAAGGAAGGAAAAAAAUUCAGAAAUGCAUAAAAUUGUAUUUUUAUGCUACCCCUGUGUGUAUAGAUGUGUGGAUGCUUUUACCAAAAAGUAUAAGAAAAGCUGUUCCAGCAAAAUUUUGAAUAAUAACGUUAAGAUAGCCACCUCGAAUAAGAAGAAGAGGAGCAAUGCUGAAAGUUCAGUGACUGGUGCGAAUGACGCAAUGGGGAGGACAGCUAAAGGGAAGGAAGACCGUCAAAUGGGGGGAGACAACCUAAACGGUGGUACAAGCAGUAAAGGCAGUCGCAGCAGAGGCAACGCCAAAGGCAACACUCGCCGGGAGGAAGAAGCCAAUCACGACGCUGCAAAUGCGAAGAAUUCGAGGAACAUGCGCGGUGAGCACCCCGGCCAGGCUACCAACAGCACCAGCAGGAACGAUAAGAACAAAGUGAUCGACGACAACGGCAACCACAACAGCUGCAAUAGCGGCAAACACGAAGACGCUCCGAACGCCGCCCAGCAGAAAAGCAAGGAAGAACCAAGCGAUAAGCCAAACAGCGAAACUGUAAUAAUGUGCACAAGCUGCUUGACGAAAAUUGAAAAAAGCAACUACAAGCUGCACUGCAGAAGUGACUUUCAUGUGUAUAAUGUCAAGAGGAAGUAUAAAAAGCUCCCCCCGAUUACGCUGGAGGAAUACGUCGAAAUCGACUUUGACGUGGCGCACUUUCAUGUUGAUAUGUGA